CCUCUCAUUAGUGUGUCCCUCUUUGGAAACGCAGACCAAGUAAAUAACUGCUAUUUCCCCAUUGUUCAGUCUCCACGAACUUUCUUCAUAGAAAGCCUAUUUUGACGAAAUUUCUUCUUCAAAUUAUUAAGCUAUUCGCUCUCUCUUAUGCUCUUAUUCUUCUUCGUCAUCCGCUGCAAAUGAAACAAAAACAGUGAGUGUCUCGAACAAACAACAACCGUUACUUCUAGGCCGUCGUUCACUGUACAAACUCGAUGAUAGUAUUGCGUUUUUUCUUUUCUUGGAAUCUGGUGUCAGGAUUUCAGAGACUGAAUAAAAGUUUACUUGAAACUCUGGAAUAUGAAGGGAAAUAAAUUUGUGAGGUUUCAAGAUUGGAGUUCAGAGAAAUCCUUUAAUUCAGAGAGGUUAUCCGUAUAUUCCAGUGAUGAUGGAUUUUAUGCAAGAAAAGUAAAGCCGUCUAUAAGCGCUGUUCGCGAUAGUAUUCACCGAUCCUGGGAGAUAGGUUAUGAAAGAAUUAAAAGCGUCAGAAAACCAUCAAGGAAGAAUCAGCAACCAAAAGCAGCAUCCCGGACUAAAAAGAGAAUUCUUGAUCCACAGGGUCCGUUUCUUCAAAAAUGGAACAAAAUAUUUGUUAUUGCUUGUUUCAUUGCAGUGUCUUUAGACCCCCUGUUCUUUUACAUUCCGGUGAUUGACGGUGAAAAGAAAUGCCUUGAUUUGGACAAGAAUUUGGAAGCAAUUGCUUGUGUUCUUCGAACAUUUAUCGAUGCCUUUUACGUACUUCAUAUAAUUUUUCAGUUCCGUACUGGGUUUAUCGCCCCUUCUUCUCGUGUAUUUGGAAGGGGUGAGCUUGUUGAUGAUCCUGUCAUUAUAGCUAAAAAGUAUUUGACAUCCAACUUUAUCGUUGAUGUUCUCUCAAUUCUGCCACUUCCUCAGGUAACAGUUCUAUUCAUCAUUCCAAGCGUGCGCGGUCCGGUUUCUUUGAUUGCAAAAGACCUGCUGAAGGUUGUAAUAUUUUCACAGUAUGUGCCAAGAGUAUGGAGAAUAUUGCCGCUGUUCAGGGAAGUGACCAGAAGUUCUGGUAUACUUACUGAAACUGCAUGGGCUGGAGCUGUUUAUAAUCUAUGCCUUUAUAUGCUAGCCAGUCAUACACUUGGAGCCAUUUGGUACUUACUGUCGAUAGAACGUGAAGAUACAUGUUGGCGUAAUGUGUGCAAGGCCCCUGGGUGUAAUAAGUCUGUAGAUUUAUACUGUGGAGAUGACAGAAAAGAUAAUCCUGAGUUGAGCAACUUUCUGAAAGCAUCAUGCCCUUUUAUCCAGCCUGACGAAAUUAAUAGCUCGACUGUCUUUAACUUCGGAAUAUUCUUUGAUGCUCUAGAAUCUGAAAUUGUGGAGUCAUGGGAUUUUCCGAAGAAAUUUUGUUACUGCUUUUGGUGGGGUCUGCGUAAUCUAAGUGCUGUGGGCCAGAACCUGAAGACAAGCACUUUUGUUGGGGAGAUUCUGUUUGCUGUUUUCGUAUGCAUUGCUGGAUUGGUUUUAUUUUCAUUACUCAUUGGCAAUAUGCAGAAAUUCCUGCAAUCGACGACUGUCAGAGUGGAGGAAAUGAGAGUGAAAAGGCGUGAUGCAGAUCAGUGGAUGGCCCACCGUAUGCUUCCUGAGCACUUGAGGGAGCGAAUAAGGAGUUAUCAGCAGUAUAAAUGGCAACAAACUAGAGGUGUGGAGGAGCGGACUCUGAUCCACACACUUCCUAAAGAUCUCAGAAGGGAUAUAAAUCGCCAUCUUUGUUUCGAUCUAAUUAUGAGAGUGCCAAUGUUUGCAAAAAUGGAUGAGCAGAUACUGGAUGCAAUAUGUGAUCGUCUCAGGCCAGCCCUUUACACAAAGGAAAGUUACAUUGUUCGCGAGGGGGAUCCAGUUGAUGAGAUGCUAUUUAUCAUGCGUGGUGAUCUACUGAGUGUGACCACAAAUGGGGGAAGGACUGGCUUUUUCAAUGCUGCUAAUCUCAAGGCCGGUGACUUCUGUGGAGAAGCGCUACUUACAUGGGCAUUGGAUCCCCAAUCAACCUCCAAUCUUCCUAUCUCAAGUAGAACUGUGCAAGCUUUAUCAGAGGUUGAAGCCUUUGCUCUAGUGGCUGAAGAUUUGAAAUCUGUCGCCUCCCAGUUUCGUCGUCUUCACCACAAGGAUAUCCAGCAUACAUUCAGGUUCUUCUCAGUGCAGUGGAGGACAUGGGCAGCAUGCUUCAUACAAGCAGCUUGGCGCCGUCAUUGUAGGAGAAAGCAAGCUAAUUACCUUUGCCAAGCAGAAGACAGAUUGCAAGAUGUUCUGGCAAAGGAGGCUGCAGCAUGUCCAAGCCUUGGCGCCACCAUCUAUGCAUCCCAGUUUGCCGCCAAUGCAUUAAGAAAUUUAAGGCAGAAUGGCGGACGCGCCCCAAGAGUGCCACAAAGAUUAGCAUUGGUGCCUCAGAAGCCAAUCGACCCUGAUUUUUCCGUUCACAAUCGUUAGUGGUCGAGUGCAAGAAAUCUGAAGUGUACAUAACAAUGCCGUGGUUGUAAGCACUUAUACUGUUUGUAACAUAUAAACCCAGAUAAGUAUCAAUUUCAUAGGUUUUAUUACAUUUGGUCGGACUUUGCGCGUGUGUUCUUAAGUAGAAAAAUUUGUUAAUUACAGCAUCUAAUUUUCUGCUUUAA